GUAAUGCUGAAUAAUUACAUCUGACACCGCUGUGCCAUCUUUUCGACUGCUUCUUUUCGUGUCGACUCUCAAUUCCAGACUCUUUCAUUUUCGGCCAACAAGAUGUCUAAGCGAGGACGUGGUGGUACCGCGGGUGGAAAAUUCCGCAUCUCUCUCGGUCUCCCCGUGGGAGCCGUCAUGAACUGCGCAGACAAUACAGGCGCAAAGAACCUGUACGUCAUUGCAGUUUAUGGUGUUAAAGGUCGUCUUAACCGCUUGCCUGCUGCUGGUGUUGGAGACAUGUUUGUUGCCACAGUGAAGAAGGGUAAACCUGAGCUGAGGAAGAAAGUAAUGCAAGCAGUGGUUGUGCGGCAAAGGAAGCCUUUUAGGAGGAAGGAUGGAGUGUUUAUAUACUUUGAAGACAAUGCAGGGGUGAUAGUGAACAACAAAGGCGAAAUGAAAGGGUCAGCUAUCACCGGACCUGUUGCAAAGGAGUGUGCUGACCUGUGGCCUAGGAUUGCUUCCAACUCCAGCAGCAUUGCUUGAACAUUAGUAUUGUGCUCUGUACUCCCUUUCAACAUCUGGCUUAAUGAGCAGCAAUACAGUUCAUCCUCAAAAAAUGCUAUGCUUUACUCACUUCUCAGGCACAAGCAACAACUUAGUUUAGUUCACUUGACAAUGGUUAGAUGUUCAGUUCCAGUGAUCAAGAAGAUUUGAUCUGAGUUUAGAGCUCUGUAAUUUUUAUUAUAGAUAUAAACUAUAGAUUGUCAUGUGUAAUGGGUGACAGGAGUGCUUUGCAUCGAUUUGGCGUGCUCUUUGCGAGUAAGUGCUACAGAACUUUACGACAUACAGGUAAACCGGGUGAAGUUCUGGAUUCAUGGUUGAAAGAGGAUGAAGUGUGACAGAACAUUGCGUUCUUUUCUCCAUGGUCCAUUGGGAUGUGAGAAUGUUAUGAAAAAAAAAUUGCAGUACUAAGUAAUAGAGAAUUUAGGCUAAGUCCGAAAUCUUCCCUUGAAAAGCUUAAGUGUCGUUUUGUAAUAUUUACAGUAAGUUGUCAAGAAUUGGCAAGUAUUUUAAUGACAUGAGAAUUGUUGGAAAUUGUAAAUUAUUAUAGAAACUCCAUCGUCAAUUAAAAUCUAUAUAUUUAAAUAAGCAGAAAAACGCAUCGCUAAAUGAAGCCAUCACCGUGCUUCCUGCGUGAUAAGAAAACCCCUGCGGGGGAAACGGGAAACUUCGUUUGAAACUGAGUGUACACGGGGAUAUAAAUUGGUAGGGGCUUUUCCACCUACCAAUCUAGGAUGUAAAGACCCUGUAGAGCUACGAAGAUAAUUUGUUUUCCGGUAUUGCUAUAAAAACGAGCAUCUUUCCACGACAAUCAUCCAGUUACCAUUUUAGUUUUACUGAAGCAAGUCCGAAAUGUGGCGACUAUAUUCCUUCGUAAUUUUACUAAUUGCUUCCUCUAUCUGUAUACUUCCCUUACCGUCAAGAUGUAACAUUAUCCGUUCGAAUAAAAUCCAUUUUCCUCAUAAGACACAUAUGGCCACAAAGAGCAAUGCAACGAAAAUAGAGAGUUCAGUCGACAGGAUUCGGGAACUUGGCAAUUCAUUGACUGUAUGUCCAUUCGCUGUCAAAGAGAAUAAACUGGAUAACCGAAUCCCAUCAAUGUUUUAUGAACUGGAAUGCCUCCACUGCAACAAAUGCGGAAAACAGGGAUCCAAAUGCACGCAGCUCGUGACCGAAAUGGAAGUGGUUUUUUGGAAGGAGGAUGAUUCUUCUUGGACUGAACCUGAAACCUUAAUCGUGAAGGUGGGUUGCAGCUGUUCACCGGUUUCAAAACAUACACCAGCCAUGAUCCGACCUUGAUUGUCGUUGCAAAGUACAAUGUCAAAAAUGAUCUAACCUAUACAGAUUUCACCAAUCGAGAUUUGCCCUCCCGUUGUUUCUCUAUGCAUAUAUAUGUAAUUGUAAAUAUUAAUCUAAACAAUAAAAGUCUAAAUUGGCGUCACGUCGUUUCCUGA